AUGGCUCCUGGUUCAAUUGAUCCCGAGCCUCUGCCUUGGCAGUCAACAGUUGAGCGCAAGAAACAACAACAGCGUGACAUUUUGUCCAAGGCUUUGUUGGAACUUGGGAAGUACAAAGAGUUACAAAAUGUCGAUAUCGACCAGCUUGCCGAUACAACCCAAACUUUAAGCCUUAUAUCUAAAGGGCAGCUGACAUGCAAAACCGUUGUGCAAGGAUUGAUAGAACGGGCGAUCCAAGUUCAUCAACAGACCAAUUGUCUUACAGAAGUUGCUUUCGAAGAUGCUUUGCAACAGGCCGAAGAGCUUGAUGCCUACAUGAUCAGCGAGAAACAGCCAAUAGGACCCCUACAUGGCUUGGUGAUUACUCUCAAGGACCAAUUCAAUAUUAAGGGCUAUGAUAGCACUCUGGGCUACGUUGGACGGUCCUUCAAUCCAGCUACUGACGAUGCCAUACUGGUCAAAAUGCUCAAAUCACUGGGCGCUAUCGUUCUCGCAAAAUCGAACUUGCCUCAAAGCAUUAUGUGGUGCGAGACGGAGAAUCCCCUUUGGGGGUUGACUACCAAUCCCAUGAAUAAAGAUUACACACCAGGUGGCUCUACAGGUGGUGAGGCUGUCCUGCUUUCUUGCGGUGCCUCUAUGCUCGGAUGGGGUACAGAUAUUGGCGGAAGCAUCCGCAUUCCUAGCCACAUGAUGGGCAUAUAUGGAUUGAAGCCGAGUAGCACAAGACUACCUUACCAAGGCGUCCCUGUUUCGACAGAGGGUCAGGAACAUGUUCCAUCUUCAAUUGGUCCAAUGGCACGGGACCUGAGCAUGAUCAAAUAUGCCAUGCACAGCCUAAUCGAGUCAAAGCCAUGGGAUUACGAUGCACGCUGCGCUCCGCUUCCUUGGCGAGGCCACUUAUAUGAAGAAAUGCAUGACCGCCCACUUACUAUCGGUGUUCUGAUGGAUGAUGGUGUUGUUCGUCCACAUCCACCGAUAACGCGAGCAUUGCGAGAUGCAGUUGAAGCUUUGAAGCUUGAGGGUCAUGAGAUUGUGGAGUGGAAUACUGAACUCCACGAGCAGUGUAUAAGAACUAUGGAUAUGUUUUAUACUGCUGAUGGUGGUGAAGAUAUCCGCCAAGAUAUAUCAAGGGCUGGAGAGCCAUUCAUCCCUCACGUCAAACGCCUUGUCAAUCGCGGCAAAGCAAUUUCGGUAUACGAAUAUUGGAAGCUCAACAAGAAGAAAUUGGAUCUCCAGCAAGGUUACCUGGAGAAGUGGAACUCGAUCCAGUCUGCAACUGGCAGAAAGGCUGACGUGCUUCUCAUGCCCGUCAUGCCGCAUGCCGCUGUUCGACACGGUGGAUGCGGCUGGGUUGGCUAUACAAAGGUGUGGAAUGUUCUUGACUAUACCGCGAUGGUUAUACCUGGCGGAACGAUACAGUCGGGGGAUGUUGACACACCGUUCUCGUAUCCUGCUAGAGGACCUGAGGAUGAAUGGAACCAGGGGCUCUGGAACAAGGACAAAGACGAGAUGGCUGCUAUGAAUCUUCCAGUUGGGCUGCAGAUCGUCGGACGGAAACUUGAAGAGGAGAAAGUGCUUGGGGCUGCUGAGGUAAUUGAUCGCGUUGUGAAAAAGCUGCUACAGCCCCGGUAUUCUCAAGCAUCAACAUAG